AUGGCGGUGGACCGUGAGGUCGAAGAUCAAGUUGUGGUCGAAGAGACCAAGGGCAACCUCAAGGAGGACGCCAACGGCACUAGCGUACCGGGCGCUGCUGAGACUGCGCAGGGAAAAGUCAAGAUCGAGAAUAUCGUAAGCCUGCUGGAUCCCAAGAACAAUGACUCAAACCUGUAUGGCGCCAUCAACAGGUGGAUUUCCAAGGCACCGGUCUGCUCUAAGUUGCAGUCGCCGCUGAAGGAAGAGGACUUUGCUGAGGUCAAGGGCAAGCUUUCAGAAAUCAGCAUCGACGACGAAGGCUUUGCCAUGAGCGACCAAGUCGUCAGGGUUCUUCAGGAGGAGCCUCUCAGCCUGGAGCAGGGGGAAGCAUCUCAGAUUGUCGGCUACGUGCAGGAGAGGAGCCUGCCGCAGCGGACUGUGGAGGUAGCGAAGAAGAACAUACAGUCGUUGGUGUCAGUGGCGGGAGCUGCGAAGGAGAGUGUCCUGGUUGGUGCGGAGAGGGCGUCAGAGACGAUCUCGUCGCAGGCUGACAUCGUCUCUCACUGGAUCGUGGACGAGGAUCGAAUCCUCGGAUCCCGCAGGCUCAAGCAGCUCACGGAUGUCGUCGUUGACCCAGAAACCUCCAGCAAGGGCAGCAGGGUUCUUGGUUCGCGUCGACUGGCAGGACUCCGAAACUUUUUCUUCGGGCCUGACGAGCCCGCGGAUCCCGGAAUCAUCUCCUGCCACACCUUCACCACUGAAGCGGCUACUGGCGACUCCAAGCUGACGGAGCUGCCUGGGAAGGAGGAGGACGCGAGCGGCGUCAAGAACGAGGGGAAGGCAGGAGACAGCAAGGACGAUGCCGACAAGGAUGCGGAGGAGGAGCAGCGGCAAGACGAGCUGGAAGUCUCAACCCUCAGUGAGAACUUCUUCGAAGAGGCUGCCGCAGUAGAGCAGCAAGGGGCCAAGGAAGGGCCGAUCUCGGCAUCCUCGCAGGGAGUGGAGGAUGAUAUCUCUGAAGAACAGUGA